UUGCCAACUUGAUGUCUAUAAAAUUGGAUUUAUAACACACUAGCCAUUGUUUAAUUUAUCCAUAUACGCCUUUUGAAAAGUAUUUUCAACACAAUGGUUUGAAAAAAUUGAACCAAAACGAGGUCAUUUCCAAAUUCCACCAUGGAAAUUAAGGAUCAUCAUCACCCUCUCCACAUAUACAUAUAUAAAAGCCUUCCAACCAUUGCCAAACAAAGUACACUCAUCCCUUUCAAUGGCUUCCCCCUCUUCAAGCCGCUAUGCCUCCUCAUCACUCGCCGCAGUUUGCCUCCUCCUCCUCCUCGCACUCUUCUCUGCCAACUUCGAACCAACAGAAGCACAAGUCGGAGCUUGCUACGGAAUGAUGGGCAACAACCUUCCUCCACCAGCCGAAGUGAUCCAACUCUACCAGCAGAACAACAUCUGGAGGAUGAGGCUCUACGACCCGAAUCGCGAUGCGCUCGCGGCGCUUCGCGAUUCGGGGAUAGAGGUGAUUCUGGGGGUUCCCAACUCGGACCUUCAGCACCUCAACAACUGGGGCGACGCCCUGUGGUGGGUGCAACAAUACGUCCAGAACUUCUACCCUGCCGUCAAGAUCAAGUACAUCGCCGUCGGCAAUGAGGUGAGCCCGAUGUACAACGCCGCCCUCGCCUCCGCAGUGCUCCCCGCGAUGCGGAACAUCUACAACGCGCUCGUCUCGAUGGGCCUUCACGAGCAGGUUAAGGUCUCGACGGCGAUCGACAUGACGCUACUGGGCAACUCGUACCCGCCUUCCGCCGGCGCUUUCCGCGACGACAUAAGGUGGUUCGUGGACCCGAUCGUCGGGUUCCUGAGCAGCGUCAACGCGCCGCUCCUCGCCAACAUCUACACCUACUUCAGCUACCGCGACAACCCGGGGUCCAUCUCGCUCCCCUACGCGCUCAUGAGCUCGCAGUCCGUCUCCGUGUGGGACAACGGGCUCGGGUACACGAACCUGUUUGACGCGAUGCUCGACGCGACCUACUCGGCGGUGGAGCGCGUGGGCGGGUGGAACGUGGACGUGGUGGUGUCGGAGAGCGGGUGGCCGUCCGGCGGGGCCGGAGCGGCGACCACGAUUGACAACGCGCGCGCGUACGUGAGCAACUUGGUCGCGCACGUGAAAGGAGGAAGCCCCAAGAAGCCGAACAAGUUUAUCGAGACGUAUUUUUUCGCCAUGUUUGAUGAGAACCAGAAGGAUCCCGAGCUGGAGAAGAAUUUUGGGUUGUUCUAUCCGUGGAAGCAGUCCAAGUAUAAUGUGUAUUAUGGUGCGACUAGGGAUUGGGAUGUGGUUCCAGGCAGUGAAUUGAGUAACGCAACUAGCUCAUUGGUGAGUGCUAUGUAGAGUGAGUGAUGGGUGUGGUUGAAGUUUGGAUGUUUAAGUCUUUUGCGGGUUGAUUUUGCUCUGUAAAAUAAAGUACUCUACUUUUGAUUUUUUUAAUGUGUAUCGGAUUUCAUCCUCGAUAAAACAGAGCUAUGAAGAUGAUGUGUUUUUCACAUACUAGAAAUAAGAGUGUGAUUUCGGGUUGGAUCCUAAAUAAGGAUAUGUGGAUGAUAUGUGUAAUGGCAUUUCAAUUCUUUUUUCUAUAAGAUAUUGUUGAUUGUUCGUUUUGGGUUUACUCUCGCCUGAUUUUACUUUUGGGUGCAUCAUAAUACUUUCUAAAGUGAACACUCAUUUAUACACUUACACAAUGACACUGUGAAUAUUUAACUUAAGAAUUUUCAAAAGAAUUUCAUUUCAUUUCAGAACACGUCUUGUCAGUUAAAAUUAAAUGUUGAUUUUGAACCAUGGAUUUGUUAUGAGGUAAACUUUUACUAAAAUGUUGGGAUAUGUGUUUUACUCACAUGCUUAUAGAUUAUUGUCUUAAUAAUUUCUUCUCCAAUCAUGUUCUUAUGAACAAGAUUUCAUUGCCUUUAGUUAAAGGGUAGCCGCCUCGUUUUUUAAUUUUCUAGCUUUUGGUUAUAAGAAGUCCAACUCCAAUGGCAAGUUGGUGGCUAGCCGAAAAAGUUCCAUCGAAUAUUGACUAGAGUUCACAAUCAUAGGGUCUUUUUUCGUUUUGGUCUGCGUUGCCAAUGGAGACUUCGAUUGAGAAUUAGUGCGAAAGUGCGAGUAGAUUCUGCAUGGUGUCCUAAACUGUUGAGACCUUCGCUCUACAGGCUCAUAUCAUAAAAAACCUUCGUCCUUUUCCCUACGGCCGAAUAUAUUCCCCCUCCUCUUAUUUCAGUCGAGCAACUUUAUUCCUUCGGGCUCACUACAUCGUUACUUUCCUUUGGCUUUUUAAGAAAUAAGACUUGGUAGCAGCAAGCAAGUUCCUUGCCUACAGCGGAACUUCAUGUGAUGGUCAGGCCCAAUUGAUUGGUAAUCAAAUAUGAGACGGGAAGGGAAGACCAUUUCAUUUCAUAUAACCUCUGCGGCCCAAUCCGAUAAGGGUUAAAACUACAACCCAAAUGGAACAUUCCUUGAAUAAAAGGCCCAUAUUUCCUCGCAGUCAUCCGUGAGCGGCUUUGGAGUGGUGUGUAACCUUGUGAUAAAAAACUAUGCAUAAUCCAAUCAGAAUCUAUUACAUCAUCGGCUUAUCGCCCCUUCUCUUUAUCGUAAAGUCUAUAAUUUUUUUUCCUUUAAUCUUUAAUAGAAGAUUUUUCACUUGUUUUAAGUCGAUUUUUUACACAGUUAGAUCAGAUUAAUUGUGCUCUUCAAAAUGAUAUCCAUUUUGAUAUAUGUUUUGAACAAAAAAAAAUGUGUGAAUUUUUUUACCAGUCUAUAGCAUAUGAUUUGAAAAGCGUACCAUGGCGGUAUGAACAUACCAAGACUGUAGGAUUGUUGAAUAUAUGAUAGUAGUUGUAUAUUGACUGUCAUUUAUGACUUUCAACAUUGUGUACCACAAGAUACCACUUCGUACCAUGGUGGUAUUUUUUUUACUGUAUUUUGUUCACCCAUAAAUUUGUGAAUCCAAUAAAUCAUGAUGAACUCGUUCAUGUUGUGCCAAUUUUUUAAAAAAUAACUUAAAAAUGAAGAAAAUACCAUAUGGUAUGCAGUUGGUAACGAGAGGCGUUAAAUUUUUUCCAAAAAAAAUAUUAAAAAUGGAUCUCAUUUUGUAGAGCACAACGAACUCAUUUCAUCUAUGCAAAAAAAAAAAAAAAAGAAAUCCGAAUUAAAACAAAGAAUAUAUAAGCCGAUUAAGAAAACAAGAGAAAAUAAAAAAGCAUUUAAUUCUCCACUCUUAGAUCUGGAUUUUCUGAAUAAAGGGCCCAGAUUUAG